AUGGCAGAAACCGGCAUGGCCCGGCUGGCGCUAUCUGACGAUGACGCCCGUGUGAGGCGUUGGUUCGCAGACGAGGCGGCGGACCUGGGUUGUUCGCUUUCCGUCGACGAGAUGGGCAACAUGUUUGCAAAGAGAAAGGGUUCUCUCCAGUCACCGGCCCCGAUGACUGCCAUGGGCAGCCAUCUAGACACGCAGCCCCGCGGCGGCCGAUACGACGGCAUCCUCGGUGUUCUCGCCGCCGUCGAGGUGAUGCGAACGAUGAAGGAUAAUGGAUUCCGGACUCAGUUUGACGUCGGCAUCGUCAACUGGACCAACGAGGAGGGUGCUCGGUUCCCAAGGUCGAUGAUGUCGGCGGGGGUGUGGGCCGGCGAGAUCCCGCGCGAAAAGGCCUGGAAUCUGGCCGACAUCUUUGAUCCCUCCGUGACCGUGAAAGCGGAACUCGAGAGACACGGGUACAUUGGUGCCCUGGCGUGUUCCAGCGAUGCGUCUACCGGUUUCCCGCUGGGGGCGCACUUCGAGCUGCACAUCGAGCAGGGUCCCAUUCUGGAGGAGAGCGGCAAGAAGAUUGGUGUCGUGCAAGGGGCGCAGGCGUACCGCUGGUACACGUUCAAUGUCCGGGGCCGCGACGCCCACACUGGGACGACGCCGUUGAAGUCACGCAAGGAUCCGUUGCUUGCGGCCUCCAAGAUGAUUGCGUCCUCGAACGCGAUUGCGAAGAAGCUUGGCGCGUUGGCGUCUACUGGGGUCAUCAAGAUCCCGCGUGGUUCGUCAACCAAUACCAUCAUCUCAGAUGUCACCUUCACUCUCGACAUCCGACACCCCGAGGACACUGUGGUCGAGGAAGUGCAGCAGCAGUGCCUGAGGUCCUUUGAGGGAAUCGCCAAGCAAGACGGCCGCGGCGUGGAGCUGCAGUGGACGCUCGACAACGAUUCGCCGGCGGUCAAGUUCGACAAGGGGUGCAUCCAGGCCGUAGAGGAUGCGGCCAACGGCCUUGUCGGAGCCGACGGGUGGCUACCGUUGACGAGCGGCGCUGGCCAUGACAGCGUCUAUACGAGCAAGCGAUGCCCAACCACAAUGAUCUUUGUCCCUUGCAAAGACGGGGUGAGCCACCACCCGGAAGAGUAUUGCAGCCCGGCGGACUGCGCUAACGGUGCCCAAACACUGCUCGAAGCCGUGGUCAGUUAUGAUCAACUGAGAGCAAGUCGGUGUUGA